GGACCUUUGUUUGUAAAUGUGUGUGGCAGAGAGGGCAAGCCGCCAUUUUGGACAGCCUCAAAUUGUAAAUUUUCCAAAUAUUGGACAUCUUCACUGCGUGUUUUCAUGCCGAAUCUGGGCCGAGGAGACCCAGUAAACCCCCAGCGGCUGUGAACAGGUGUUGACGGCGUCUUGUGCGGGCCAGAGACCGUGGAAAUCGCGGGAUUUUUGCGGGGAAGUGCGAUCGCCGAGCGCCCUGUGUCCUGGGGAAAAUCUGUGUUGUUGAUUUGCGCAUCGCCAUCAUGACUAGUGUCCACGUCUGGCUGAGACUGGGGCUGAUUCUGUACGCCGCAGGGCUUAGCCUGUGUGCUGCCGUGGACACGACAUGUGAGUUCUACGACAACUCAGAGUGUGAGAACCAGGAGAACUGUAACAGCACCUCCAGGUUCGUCAUGUGUAAGGACGAGCAGCAACAGGAGGAGGGCAAGAGGAGCCACUGUUACGCACUCUGGAAAAACGAGUCCAACGUUAUAACCCUCGUCAAGAAGGGUUGCUGGUUGGAUGACAAUGACUGCUAUGACAAGUCGGAGUGCUAUGAACAUGAUGAGGCACCAGAGAAGGGAAUGUUCUACUGUUGCUGCGAGGGGAACCUCUGUAAUCAGCACUUUGACCACCUUCCCAUACCACAGCCUGAUAGAUCAACUGCAGAAACGCCGCGCACUGUUCCGGUAGACAACAGCAAGGAGUUGUUCCGUUCGCUGAUGUACUCCCUGUUCCCGAUCUGUGGGAUCGCUCUGGUCGUGGCCGUUACCUUCUACAUGUACAAGCGGCACAAGUCCGAGCACAUACAGUGUUUUACACGGCACAAGACCGAACAUGUUCAGAUCCCCACCCAGGACCCCUUGCCGCCGCCCCCCUCCCCCCUGCUGGGACUGCGCCCACUACAGCUGUUGGAAGUGAAGGCCCGGGGCCGGUUCGGAGCGGUCUGGAAAGCACAGCUCCUCAACGAGUAUGUGGCUGUGAAGAUAUUUCCACUACAGGACAAGGCCUCCUGGCUGAACGAGCAGGACAUCUUCACCACCCAGCUGAUGAAGCACGACAACCUGCUGCAGUUCAUCGCUGUGGAGAAGCGCGGAGACGGGCUGGAGAUGGAGCUUUGGCUCAUCACCGCCUUCCACGAGCGCGGAUCGCUCACCGACUACCUGAAGGGCCACUUGUUGAAAUGGAGUGAGAUGUGCCACAUUGCGGAGACCAUGGCCCGCGGGUUGGCCUACCUUCACGACGAUGUGAUGGGGCGGAACGGGGAGUACAAGCCUGCCAUUGCACAUAGGGACUUCAAGAGUAAAAAUGUGCUUCUGAAGCAAGACUUGACGGUGGUGGUGGCUGACUUUGGACUGGCUAUGAAGUUUGACCCAGGCAGAAGUUGUGGGGACACGCAUGGCCAGGUUGGCACGAGGAGGUACAUGGCGCCCGAGGUCCUGGAGGGAGCGAUCAAUUUCAACAGGGACGCUUUUCUCAGGAUCGACAUGUACGCCUUCGGGCUGGUGCUCUGGGAGAUCGUGUCCCGGUGCUCCGCAGUCGACGGCCCUGUGGACGAGUACCAUUUGCUAUCUCGUUACAAAAUCAUAUUACCUGGAAGUCUAAACUUCAUCCAUGUCCCCCUUCCCUUGUCUCCAGGCCCUGUGGAUGAGUACCAGCUGCCCUUUGAAGAGGAGAUUGGCCAGCACCCCACCCUGGAGGACAUGCAGGAGGUGGUGGUGCACAAGAAGAUGCGCCCCCAGUUCAGGGAGACCUGGCUUAAGCAUCAGGGGUUGGAGAUCCUGUGUGAGACGAUCGAGGAGUGCUGGGAUCACGAUGCGGAGGCGCGGUUGUCUGCCGGGUGUGUUGAGGAGAGGUUAGGUCAGCUGAGCAGAACUGUCAACAUUACUACCUCAAACACUGUCGACAUCACCACCAACCAGCAGACCCCUCCCAAGGAGUCCAGUCUAUGAGGAAACGCUCAGCAAAAUAUAAGAUAACGGAAGGAGAGGGAUUUAAGGGGGGGGGGAUGUACGUACGACAGCAGAGACUUCAGACAUGCGUGAGAGGGUGUACAUACGAAGCGCGGUGGGGUCUCUCGGUUUAAUUCCUUCAGGUAGCGUGGGCAAGAAUUACGACAACGAUCACACACUGUUAUUUCUCUCUCUCUCUCUUCUCUCUCGCUCACUACACUCACACACACAUACACCUCAGCCAGGGAAUGGCCUCUGACCUCCGACCUUUAACCCAGCCAGGGACGCACCUCUGACCUGGCCAGGAAUUCACCCCUGACCUAUGAACCAGGAAAUACCUCAGCUCCAUGCCUUGCCUCUGAUUGGCUGAUUCGGAGGCUUGGUGCGAUGGUCAGACAGAGUUGAAGGCCCAGGCAACACGACCAGGGAAAUAAUAAUGAUAAUAAUGAUAAUUCAAUGUAAAUAUUUAUGUCUCCUCUCGUUAGGAAAUAGGGGGGGUUAACGAACGGUUAAGCGCCGCGUCCUCGCUUGUAAAUUGCUGGAAACAUCUUCAGUGUACAUUCUUCUUUUGUGGGCAACCUUGCUUGUAGAUGAGCAUAACGUAGACUGUAGAUUGGGUGGAGUUAACGUUGAAGAGUGAACAUCUUUCCUUGGCGAUAGGAAAGUCACUACACUUACUAACCGGUAACUUCCAUGUCAUAACCCAUCCUUGUAUCUAUUAUGAGGUUUUGAUUUUUUGGUAGUAGGAGAACUGUAUGUAAAUGGCUACGUGUAAAUCUUUGAUCGAUGGGUUUUCGAUUUUCGUUUUUUCAGUGGUGUGAGUAGGUCUAGGAGGAAGAAGACUUCAUUGUAUAGCUGUGGGUGACAGUUGUACAGAUUUGUGUGUGUGCUUACCAUUAUAUGGUAGAAGUGUAGCCCGUGCCCAAGAAAAAAAAAGGUCUUUCUUGUGACAAAAGUAGUAGUAAAAAGAACCGUAGACAUAUACAUCAGGGCUUUCCACUCAGAGAAUUUGCUACAACUGCCAUAUAUUGUACAUCAGUGUUCGGACACUAAAAAAAAAUAUGAACAAAUGCUCUUAUAUAUGUAAAGAAAAGACUUCGCUACUACUAAUAGUUACACUACGACUAAGGGCAUGACACCCUUCCUUUUGAAAUAUGAAUUGUUGACGAAAAGUUAAGAUUUUUACAGCCAUGUUUGAUAUUGAAUAAGAAGUGAGUUGAACUAUGUCUUUCCAAUGAACUGCUGUCUUCGGCGCAAAUUUUUCAGGUAAAGCGGGAGAACCACUUAUAUUCGACUGUUUCCGUCGAUUCAAUGUCUCCAUUAACGAUCACUAAAUAAACUGCUUGUCCCUCCGUUUUGCAAUGUAAAAAGAAAAAAAUAGGAGGAGAGAUGAAUGGUGGGGGCUAAGACUUCUGUAUAUGUGAGGGGAGGGAAUCCCACUGUAAGUGUGUGCACUGCCGCCAACCUGUCCUACAGGAAAGACAGAGUUUUUAUUCAUAAAGAGUAGGCUUCUGCAGAAGGAAGUACAAAAAGACAGCGUGUACCGGGCAUUUGUACACGCAGGUUGUCCAGCUGUGAUCUACACAGAAAUGUAGUGGUCAACCUGAAGGCUAUUUGGGGAGGGGGGAAUUAUGUUCCAACUGUAAAUAACUGAAAUACACAGGCGUCUAUUUUACCAGUAGCUCAGCACCCCUCACACUGACUCUCUCUCUCCCCCUAGUUUACGGUAAGCGUCUUUUGUAAAAGCUAUGCCAAAAAGUAUUCAAUGUAAUUAUAAUGUACUGCACGGAAACAUCGUUAACUUUAAUUUACACCAGGUUAAGUGAUGUAAGAUUAGCAGAAUAUGACGAUGAUGAUGGUAACCAUGGUAACCAUGUACAAGUAAUUAAAUUGGUAGCUUUUACUUUUUCCUCUAUUUUUACGUUUGGACGUAAAUAUGAUACCUCCUAGAGUCCAUAUGUUAACAGUAUUGUGACAAUUAAAGUAUAGUCUUUCAAGGG